UGCUGAACGCACACUGAACACCUGAGAGCUUUGAUGGAAACGUUAACUCGCAUUCUUUUAGAUGUAUUUUCGUAUCCAUGAUACUGAAAAUUGCCUUCCCUUUCGAGUUGGAAAAUGUCASUGUGUCUAAAUUUUCGGCAUAAAAAGGUCCGACUUUGACUAAGUGAACUGUUAUUUUCUUUUCGUCUAGAAAACUWCUUUAUAUUAAUCAGGUUUGAGUACAUGGCGUCAGGAGAGAACGGCGAUUCUCUGGAAAAAACGUCGGACGAUGAGGAGCAAGAACAUUUAAACCGCAUGAACGAAGACGUCCAAAAACUACGGGAUCUGAUGCCAUUAAAAAGUGUUGACUUUAAAAACUGCGACGACGCAUUUUUACUGGACGUUUUACAAGCAAGAAGAUUUGAUUUAGACAAUUCAUUUGAGCUACUAUGCAACUACUUUGAAUUUCGCGAAAAAUACUCGCACUUUUUUGAAAAUUUGACAGCCUCAGAGCUUCGUUUUGCGGUGGAAGACGGUUUUCCUUGCGUUUUGCCAAACACUGACUCAAAUGGCUCUAAAAUAAUGGUCCUCUUUCCUGGAACAUGGGACGUUGAGACUUUUGAUAUAGAUACACUGUUGAAAGCUGUCAUUUUGAGUUUGGAACAUUUGAGCAAAAGUCGUCGAGUUCGAGUAAAUGGCAUUGUGUUACUCGUUGACUUUAGUGGCUGGACAACCAAUCACACAGCCAAAUUGACGAUUCGUGCUUUGAGGACGAUUGUUGCUGUGUUUCAGGAGUGCUCUACAGUGUGGUUUAAGAAUGUCCACUUGAUCAAUCAACCUUGGUAUGUUAAUGCCUUUAUCAGCUUGACAAAAUCCUUCAUGAAAGAUUAUGUACAUGACAGGGUUAUUCUUCACGGCAACAACCUAUCAACGUUACACGAAUUCAUCCCUCAAGAUUUUCUUCCAGCAGAAUUCGGCGGCAAUAAUCCCGAGGUUGACCUCUGCUACUGGGCAAAUCUCUUGUUGGAAGCGGARAAAAGGGCACAAAAAAGAGCUUCUACUUUUCGAAUGGGAAAAAAUCCCUUAAAGAUAUCAAUUGAUAAAGCCCAGGGGCGGGGURAAACGAGCGACGACUCCAAUGAAAACGAGCCUUUGUUAAACAAUUUGGAUUUUCCCGCCUGUGGCUCAUCUCGAUCUGUCAAGGCAAACGGGUUUUUGUAGAGUAAAAACGCUAAAAAGAGACUGAUCCAAACUGUAUGACCUCCUGCGUCAUUGACUAGCAAAACUAUUUCCUUUAAAAAUGAACAAUGUAUAACGCGUCCAAAAAAAAUAGUUGYAGAUUUUUGGGAGACUUCAAAUUGCUUUCAAAACUGAAUAAAACGGUAUUAACAAAGCACCCACAUGACCCAUGAAUCAUUAAGUUGAAAGCGCAAAGCCUCGCUUGCAGCCGUGAGAGCAGAGUCACACUCAUUUGC